AUGUUGAUCAAGGAGUACCGCAUCCUCCUGCCCCUCACCGUCGAGGAGUACCGCGUCGCCCAGCUUUAUAUGAUCCAGAAAAAAUCACGUCUGGACAGUCAUGGAGCUGGGAGCGGUGUCGAGAUCAUCACCAACCGACCGUACGACAGCGGCCCGGGCGGCAUCGGCCAGUACACGUAUAAAAUCUACCAUAUCGGCAGCAAAAUACCUGUAUGGAUUCGUAGUGUCCUCCCAACAUCAGCCCUCGAAGCCCAUGAAGAAGCCUGGAAUGCAUACCCAUACACUAAAACUAGGUACUCCUCCCCGAUGAUGGAACGAUUCUCGAUAGAAGUGGAAACCGUCUAUAGGAACGAUGCCGGCAAAGCCGAAAACGUCUUUCACCUCGAGAAGGACGAGCUGAGGAAUCGAAUCGUUGAUGUCAUGAAUUUCGUCAAGGACCCUUACAGUAGCCAUGAUUAUUGUCAGGAGGAGGACCCGAAGAUAUAUCGCAGUCAGAAAACGGGUCGCGGGCCUCUGAAUGAUGAUUGGGCUGAAGAAUGUAUUCGGAACAAAAAGCCGAUUAUGUGUGCAUAUAAAUUAUGUAAAGUUGAAUUUCGAUAUUGGGGAAUGCAGACAAGAGCAGAACGCUGGAUUCACGAUCUUGCAUUGAGAAAUACAAUGAUGAGGGCGCAUCGGCAAGCCUGGGCAUGGCAAGACGAAUGGUACGGUCUGGAUAUCGAGGACAUCCGAAAACUUGAAGCAGAGCUGGCUUUGCAUUUGAGUGAAGUGAUGGCACCAAAGCCGGAGGAUGAAAUCGUCGACGGGGAGGACAGUGCAGCUUCUUCGGACGAAGAAUACUUCGAUUGUACAGACAAAUCACCCCCGCAUACACAUAAGCCUAGUAUAAUCCGGUGGAGCAGUGAAUUGUUGUUGAAUGAAGUAUCCAACCACGAAGACGAAUCGCCACCCUUGACUCCUUUUACAAAGGGAGAAAAUGCGGCGUUGUUGAUAUUGGUGUUUCAUGGGGAUUUCACUCCGGAGCAUGGACACGAGACCAAGGCAACGGACACGAAUACCUUUAGGCAAACCCUCGAUACCCUAAUCACCCGUCACUAUCCACAACUUCGAGAUCGUGUUCAUGUACUCCUUGUGUCUUGUGGUGGUGAACUAGCAGCGACUGCAGCAAGGUUAUCGGCUGUUGCUCCUUCUUUUGGAGUUCUCCACCCAUCACUAUCACUUAUUUUGUCGCAGGCCCCAGCCAUCUUCACCGAAGCCGUGGAAGGCACGAUCCGACGAGCCAAUGAAGUCUAUAACGAAUUCAUCGACUCACAACCCGGUUUCAAUGGUGAAGUGUUCUGCGUUGGAGAUGCUAUCGGAGGGCUCUUGCUCUAUGAACUUCUGUCUUACAAGCGUGAAGAAACACCACAACAACCCUUCUCUCGAGCUGGUCCGGCUUCCCUCCAGAUUUCCGGCUGGUCGCUGGCCGACUUCACGUUCGGUCUCACCGACACGCUAGCUGCUGCUCCCGAGCCGCCACACUCGGCUGGGCCCACCGUUACCGUAUCCGUCCACCCGAGACCGCGACCUGGGAGUCUGAUUCGAAAGAAGAUGAGUGUGGAGAGCUCAUGUCCUGGAUUGCUGGCGAGGCUUUCCUUUCAACCAUCAACCGCUUUCUUAUUGGGUAGUCCACUGGGGCUGUCAAUUAUGCAACGAAAAUUGGCUGGAAAAGAAAUCGAGAUCGUUGAGAGCAUUCAAGUGUACAACCUUUACUAUUCUCUGGAUCCUUGCGGGGCUCGAUUGGAGCCGGUUUUGAAUCAACAUUUGAGCAUACUUCCUGCGGCUAAUAUUCCGAGAUACCAACGAUAUCCACUUGGCGAUGGUAAAUCGCUACGCUACGAUUCUUCAGUCGAUAUUACUACUCUUUGGGGUAGUAAACGAAUGGAUCACGUUUUAUACUGCCCAAAUGCGAUGGUAGCCCUACCCUCUACAGCCCUUCCAAACAUCCUUCACGCUUCCUAUUGGGAAAGUUGCGAUGUUGGAGCAUUUAUAAUUCGACAGUUCGUCCGAGGAGAAGACAGCGCUGUACUAUCCACCCUUUCGUCAACCCUCCAAUCCGCCCCUCUAAAAGUUGACCUACCCCCGAUGCAGUGGAAAAAGCGGAGAACGAGGUUUAAGAUCACAAACUUGUCGCCAAACCAUCGAGCAAACGAUGUGCUUGUUGUUUCCGGGGCUGAACAAUCCGUGUUGGCCAGGUUUUGCUACGGUCCCAUGGAUCUGGUUGCCUUGACGCGAGAAACCGUCAGCGUAUUUGUCUGCCCAAGCCGUGGCGAUUGGUUCGAACAUUCUGUCCAUGAAACGGACUCACAUGGUCGGCUUCACGUGUCUUUGGGUGACACUUUGCCGUGCGGGAUUCACAGUAUAAAAAUGGUCGUACACGGGGAUCAUUCUUACUUGGAUGUCUACCUUGCGGUUGUCCCUCCAGAGACCCGGAUAGUUGUAUUUUCGAUCGAUGGGUCAUUAACGGCAUCUGUAUCGGUAACCGGCAAAGAUCCACGUGUUCGACCUGGAGCUGUUGAUGUCGUAAGAUAUUGGCAUGAUCAGGGCUUUCUCAUCGUCUACGUCACCGCCCGUCCCGAUAUGCAACAACGAGUCGUCUCCGCCUGGCUAGCACAACACAACUUUCCGCAUGCCCUUCUAUUUUUCACUCCAUCCUUCUCGACAGACCCUCUCAAAGAUGUAUCGGUCUACACAACUGCCGGAAUGGAUCCAACAAGAGUUGUCUCAGUCUCGGGUGGAAAACGUAGAGGUGCCAUCCACGUCGACAAGUAUUCGGACCACUUGGCAGAUUUGACAAAUGGCACCUGCCCACUAUCCGGCGCUACCCGCGGCGCUGACAAUUAUGAAGAGCAAUACAGUGUCCAUAACCAUAACCAUACUCAAUCCAUGACUGCCUCUAUGCCCGCCCCAACGCCGGCUACAAAUGCACUCUCUGCUCACAGAGUAUGGAGGUGCUCCUCCCUCGACCGCCAAUUCCUCAGCACCCCCCUCGGAAAUGUCCAACGAACCAGCUCCUUCACGCCGAGAAGCGGAAAAUAUGGCGCCGAGGUUCGC